GUUCCAAAGAGACCAAACUCAUGGCCACUUUGAAACCCAAACAACGGUACGUCGUACACUAUGUCAACUUAAAACAGGCAAUCGCACACGGACUGCAAGUCGAUAAAGUGCACCGCGUUUUAGAGUUUCAACAAAGUGCUUGGUUGAAACCAUACAUUGAGUUGAACACUGAAAUGCGGAAACAGGCGGCAAAUGCUUUUGAAAUAGCAUUUUUCAAACUAAUGAAUAAUGCCGUCUUUGGGAAAACCAUGGAGAACAUGCGGAAGCGUACCCGCAUUGAGCUAAUCUCCAGUUCCAAACGUCUAAGCAAGCUCGUAAAUCAACCAACCUUCAACGACUGUAUCAAAUACGGUGAAAGGUUGUGCGCUGUCAUAAUGGACACAAAGAUUGUCAAGUUUAUCAAACCAAUAUACGUCGGUUUAGCAGUGCUUGACAUUAGCAAGACGCUAAUGUACAAGUACUUCUACGACGUAUUGAAACCACAUUAUGGCAACGCAAUCGAAUUGGUUUACAUGGAUACUGACUCCUUCAUAUACCUGCUCAGAGUCGGCGACUUCUACCAGGAUUUAGCUGAUAGCUCCGAUUUACUGGUGCACGUGGACGCAUCUAGCCUGCCCAAGGAUCACCCUUGCUACUCGACCGAUAGAAAGAAGAUGCCCGGCCUGUUUUCAGACGAAACCGGUGGCCUUACCCUCUUUGAGAUCGCUGCACUUCGAUCAAAGUGCUACGCAUAUGACAUGGAAGGCAGCGAACUAAUCAAGUCUAAGGGGAUCCGCGGGCACGUCGUCCGGAACCAUCUGUCUUUGGACGAUUACAAACGAUGUUUGUUCGAAGACGAUGGCGAUGGCGACGAUGUGUCAAAACGAGCAUUGGCUGGAGAGAAUGCCCGUGUGGUCAUCGGAGCUGUACGCGAUGGUGAGACUCCACCGACAUUAUCGCUGCCAUACACUCCGUACUGACAGAACGUGUCAAUCCGUUCGUUCGAGCACGAAGUACGCACUUUACGUACAACCAAGUUGGCGCUUAACCGUUUCGAUGAUAAGCGCUAUACGCUCGAAAACAGAAUCGACACGUUGGCUCACGGGCAUUAUGCUAUACCACCACCACCACAAGAAGGUUAAUACAAAUAUAGUAGUAUU